CAAUUUAUGAAAUCGAAAUAAAAUAAAAUUCAAUGAAAUUAGCAGUGUUGUUACUCAUAGGAUUGUUAAGUGUAUAUACAUAUUUGAAUAAAGAAGAUAAUGAUAGCUAUAGUGAAUUUUAAAUUUGGAAAUAAGAAUAUGGUAAAUAAUAUACUGGACAGCAAGAAGUUUUCCGAUUCUUUAAUUUUUAAAUAAAUCGAAAUAAAGUUAAUAAACAUAAUUCUGAUGAUAAAAAAACUUAUAAAAUGAGAAUGAAUCAAUUUAGUGAUUUAUCAAUGGAGGAGUUUUAAAUGCUUUAUUUAAGUCAUUAUAAUUUAGAAUAGAAUUAUAAAGAAGAUUAAAUAAUUGAUGAAAUAAAUUCAAUAGAUAAUAAUAGUAAAACAAUAAAUUCAGUUGAUUGGAGAAAGAUUACAUAAGUGAAAGAUUAAGGAUAAUGUGCUGGAUGUUGGGCAUUUGGUGCUGUAGGAGCUGCAGAGGCUUGGUUUUAUGUUAAAAAUAAAACUACAGUAGUAUUAUCUGAAUAAUAAUUAAUUGAUUGUGAUACACAGUCUUUUGGGUGCAAUGGAGGAUAUUAGAAUUUAGCUUUAAAAUAUAUUGCUAAUCAUGGAUUGAAUGAUGCUAAAGUUUACCCAUAUAUAUAAAAAUAAUCAGGUAUUUGUAAAAUGGAUUAAGGACCUUAUAAAACUAAUGGAGCAUAAAGUGUUAGUUCAAUUAAUUUUAAAUCUUAUUUAACAGAAUAUCCACUAGUUGUAGUUGUUGAUGCUACUAAUUGGUAAUUUUAUGGAGGAGGAAUUUUCAAAGAUUGUAAUAGAUCUGUUAAUCAUGCUGUUUUGGCUGUGGGGUUUGAUGACAAUGACAAUUGGUUUGUUAAGAAUUCAUGGGGUAAUUCUUGGGGUGAGAAAGGAUUUAUUACUUUGGCUCCAGGAAAUACUUGUGGCAUUACUUCUUAUGCAUAUAGAGCUAUUUGA